ACUCGCUUCAAUAGCCUGCUGCAGCCCAGUUGAAUCCACGAAGAAGAAUGGUUUGAACAAGGAAGUUAGUGUUUUCACAGGAAGCCAGCAUAGCGGAGGGACACUAGUGCCACUGGUACAGCGGACGAGAAGGUAGUUGGAUGAGCAUGUAUGCCCCGCCGGGUCCGACAGUUCCGGGAGGCCGGAGGAGGAGAGGGGCCAGCUCCCUGCCCAAGCAGCCGGAGCGGAGCUUGGUGUCGGCUCUGCCUGGAGCCCUGUCCAUCACCGCGCUGUGCACGGCCCUGGCGGAACCGGCCUGGCUCCGGGUUCACGGAGGCACCUGUCCGAGGCAAGAGCUAGGGGUGGCAGAUGUCCUGGGAUACAUUGACCCCAACCUUCUGGACGAUUACUGUGUGAACCCGCAGACCAUAUUAUUGCUGAGGGUGAUCGCUGCCUUCUGUUUCCUGGGCAUCCUGUGCAGCCUGACCGCUUUCCUCUUGGAUGUGUUUGGACCCAAACACCCUGCGCUAAAGAUAACACGCAGAUAUGCAUUUGCGCAUAUUCUCACAGUGUUGCAGUGUGCCACAGUGAUCGGCUUUUGUUACUGGGCAUCGGAGCUCAUCUUGUCACUACAGCAGCAGCAUAAAAAGUUCCACGGCUCUCUCAUAUACGUCACUUUCGCCAUCAGUUUCUACCUGGUGGCGGGUGCAGGUGGAGCCUCUAUCCUAGCGACAGCCGCAAACCUCCUGCGCCACUACCCCACCGAGGAGGAGGAGCAGGCUUUGGAGCUGCUCUCAGAAAUGGAGGACAGCAGUGAAACUUUCCCCGCUGAUUAUGACAUUGCCAACCAGUUUCAGCCGCCGCCUGCGUACACGCCCUAACGCCGCCAGACUGGCCUCGCUAACAUGCGCUUCUCUCUCUCAGCACGGCUAUUGGCUUUUUUUUACGAGCAAACCCCACUCGUUAUCAAACGGAUAUCUUUGCAAAUCCUCUCCGUAAUGAACACAGCGUGUGCACAGUUAGUGCAGAAACUAUUUGACUGACAGUGCUUGAGUGCAUGAAAGCUUUCUUUAGUGGUGGCAGAAAUUUAGGAGUUGAUUCUUUAACCACUGAAGUUGUACGUAAUUUGCAUGUAAAUGGCUUUUAGGAUUUGGUCCUUACAUGUAAAGUAAACUCAACUGCAAGGAGUGUUCAACACUGCUCAUCACGAGUGAUUGGUGAAACAGCCGCAGCCUGAUCAAUGCCAUUUAUUGAAGCUUAUGGAGCUUCGUUAAGCAUUGUUUUGAUUGAAAUUUUUUACGCUUGCCAUGUUUUAUUAUUUUAUUUCACUGAUGCAUCUAAAAUGCAGAAAAAACAGAGAAGAUUGUUUUUAGACUUUACUUUUUUUAUAUAUAAAAUAUAAAUUUGACCUUAUUUAUUAUUUAGUCGUUUGUGCCGUGUCCUCUUUACUUUGCUUUGCUUUGUAGACAUCUGUCACUGGUUUAGUCUUAUUUAAUUACACCUGUACUUGAAAUAACACAAGGAAGUUGUCAAUUAAACAGCUCUUUGUGGUGUUUUUAAAAAAAGGAUCAUGUGAUGUGUUGUGUGUUUAGAGCUAGCAGCCACAGAGAAAUGGAGAAACAUGUUUUUGUGUUUCACAAUAGGGGUUGACGCGUAGCAACGGAAAUCUCACCACGGAAGUUGGUAAUUUCAUGUUCAUUGUAUUUAAUUUGAAAAAGAAUCCUGAUUUUGUACUUUGUGAUUACCAUAUGUGACAGAUUCACGUGAUUUACGAUGCACAUGUGCACAUUUGAAACCUCUUGGCAGAAUCUUAUGGGGACGUCUCACGUUAGGUGCCAGCUGGGGCUUAAAAUUGUGAUUGACGUGGUGAUUUCUUGGUGGUUGUGUGUUGUUCCGUUUUCACCUUUUUUCUCCAUUUUGCUCCUCAGACUGUUGCUUUCAUCACCAGUAUGUAAAUAUUGAUUGUUUCUAUAUAAAAGUGGUCAUAAUAAAGUAAAUGCCAUA